AUGAUAUGUUGUUUAAUUGUUUUAGCGUUGAGGGUGACGAAUGGAUCAUACAUCGUGAAUGGCGACUUCGCGGUGAGCGCGCCGGGCACAUACGAGGCGGCUGGUGCGAGGUUUCUUUACUCACGUAACGCUGGUCUCGACAACGUCUUCGCUAUGGGACCUGUACAUCAAUCAAUCGAUAUAAUGGUAUUAUACACGCAACCGAAUCCAAACAUAAAGUACGAAUACCUGACUGAUUCACCACCGGACGACACCUCGAACGACAUCCCGACUACUAGUGUGCACCAUCAGACGGCGCGGCAUCAUCGCCACCACGCUGAAUCACAUACCAGAGCUCUGGAUAAAUCUGAACCAUCGUUAGCGAAGCAACCAGAGUUCUCCUCGGCUGAAAGCCAGUACCAAAUAGACAGUAACGUGAUAGGUGAUAGAAAGUUUAUCUGGAAAGUGGUAUCGUUUACACAAUGUACGCGAACUUGCGGCGGAGGUCUGCAGAUCGGUAAAUACAAAUGUGUGGAAGUAGGAGACAAAGACAGGGAAGUGUCGCCAGCACAUUGUUCAGGUAGCUCGCCGCCUGCCCGGCGCAGACGAUGUGGCACUGCGCCCUGCCCGCCAAGAUGGAGGGCGGCCGCCUGGGGGCCUUGC